AUGUUAGAUACGACUAUUAAAAUAAUAUCGACCGCAUGGCUGAAGUUCACCAAUAANAUCGUGAAUCUCCGAGUAAAGGCAUUGUCUCCAAACAGUCUCUUGGUCACGUGGGAUCCCCCAAAGGAAGUCUCCGAUUCACUGGUUGGGUACAGCCUCGUUUUCGUUCCCGUUCUAGCGCACCAAAAAAGGAGAACGCACGUGGAACUUUUCAUGAACCGGCAUAUCCUAACUAACCUGCGCCCAGGCACACGAUACAAGAUCAAGCUUGCGCCGCUGAUGAACAGUGGAAAGUUGAAAGGAGUUUACACAAACUGGAUUAAUGCCAGAACUCUAGCAGAUAACAAGACUGCCUUAAGACAGAAGCUUGAUUCCAAAGUCGAGCCACCGAUCUCAUCCCGUGAGGUCCCCGGACAUUGCUCGCCCAUUAACCGACUUUGUGAAGACGUCGGCUACAACUUAACCCAGAUACCUAACCACUUCAACCAACAAAACCAGAAUGACGCCGAGCAAGAGUUGUCCCAGUUCACCAGCAUGAUCCAAUCGAACUGUUCAUCUGUGUUGCACGUGUUUUUAUGCUCACUGUAUUUUCCUCCCUGUACUGAUGAUUGUGAUCCGCCCACGCCCCCAUGCCGCUCCGUGUGUCGCGCGGCCAGACGUGACUGCGAGCCUUGGCUGAAGAGGUCUGGGCACACAUGGCCCUAUAAAUUUAAAUGCAGUGCUUUUCCAGAUCCCAAUGAGAGCGCUUGUAUAGGAGAGGACGGCACCAUAACCUCUGUCCUGGAACCGAUAGUAGUACCGGAGCAAUGUGAACCACUACACAACUCAAGCAUGUGUCAUGGUCUGGGGUACAACCUCGUUCAGAUGCCUAACUUUUUCUACCCCAAUUCACAAAAAGACGCGGAGGACAGAAUGCGUGUAUUUACACCGCUGGUGAACAAGGACUGUUCUGAAAAUCUCCAGUUCUUUCUGUGCGUGUUGUAUGUCCCUCCUUGUGUUAUCAAUAUGGUGGGCAUCAUUCCUCCUUGUCGAGGAUUGUGCGAGGAGGUAAGGCGCGGCUGUGAGCCCGACAUGAUAACUGCUGGCUACCCAUGGCCACCAUUUAUGGACUGUAAACGGUUUCCAUUGAAUGAUAAAAAGGGAUUCUGUUUGAAACCAAAAGCCAAAUGUCAAAAGACGACAGAGGUAAUGAAACCACAGCAACGCUGCCAGCCACUGAGGAUUGCAAUGUGUAAAAGUUUGAACUAUACUCAUACCAUACUGCCAAACUUCCUGAACCAUACCAGCCAGUCUGUUGUGAGUCGUAUCUUCGAAACAAAGGAAUUCAAAUCACAGCUCGAGUCUAAUUGCUCUACUCAGUUGAAACGCUUCGCUUGUUUCCUGUUUGCACCGUUUUGUACGUCUGACGGAACGGCACUACCGCCCUGUCAGAGAUUCUGCGAGAAAGUUAAGACGGAUUGCGCCAACCUGACUGUUCGCUGGUUGGCUGAUUUGGACUGCACGAGAUUCCCGACUCUGUCACGCAAGCGCUUGUGCCUUGGCGAUCCGCUGACCACAAUAGACUGUGUUGGUCCUCACAGCAGACCCUGUACAGUGAUUUCAUCGACUUUUCCAAUUAUCUUAAGAUGUUCGUCGCCUGGCACCCGCUUUGUCAUUGACGAAAUAACAAUCAACCACCACAAUGGAACGAGUGUACUUAUGACGUCAACAUCGGACGCUGUUCGGCAAUGCAACCAAAGCCGACGACAAAUCGAAGGAAAAUACGAAUGUCACUUUACUGUCAAUUAUGGCCAGAAUGGACUGUUUUCAGUGACUCAUGUGGCCGUGAAAUACCAUUGCUUUAAAGACUGAUCGGGAGGUACCAGGUCAUGUGACAACCAAACUUUACAUCGUGUAUGUGUGUGUGUGUGUGUUUGUGUGGUGCAUUUGGAAAUAAAAAGCAACGUCAAAUAAUAAACAUUGAUAUCGUGCUAUGAUAAGGUCAGACAUUCCACUUAGGACAUGAGUUGAUUGACAGACAUAGCUCGAGAAUUCCUUUCUUUUUGCUGCCAGUAGAUUGAAAAAUGCAGUGCAUUACUUCAAGAUUAGAACUGCCCCAAUUGUCCUCCGCAACUUUUGCGCAACGUUUGGCGUUUAAAGCAAUUUUUUGCGGUUCUAGCAACCUCGAGUAAGUUUUGCCUUUCUGAGCAACUUUUGAGCAAAAUAUAGGUUUAGAACACAUAUCAAGCACAACGAUUUCAUAGAAAACUUCCAUUUAUGCGAAUUUCUUGAAAUUUAAUCGACUUUUUUGAAGUUUGAACACAUAACCUGUUCGCAGGUCUAUAGUUUUGUGCCGUUAAACUUAAGAAUAUCCUUAAAUUUCGCCCAUAUUUGCUAACAACUCUUUAUUAAAAGCUAAGUUUUCUUGACCGAUGACCGUUAGUAGUUAUUGUGAAGAAAGAAAAAUAAAGCUUUUAAUUAGAAUUUUAUAAAAAGCAACUUUUGAAAUUUACGUCGCAAUUUUUUGGAUUUUUGGUAAUUUUUAGCAACAUGUUGGCAUUCCAGUGAGCAAGGUUCCAGCAUUUUACGAGUACAAUCGGGACAGGCCUAUUGAAGACUGUUGCACUGGCGAAGGGCUGACCCUCGAAACAUUGACUGUUAACGGUGGUCUCUUGACCUUUAUCAACUUCAAGUUUCUUGUGCUCCUUGUCGACAUAGUAAAGUCCGGCGUACAUUUUUUUUGGUCAUAAUUUAUUUUGUAUAAAAUUAGGCUAGUGUAUGAUCCAAAUUCUUCCAUUACUACUGUUACUGAUUAAUAGUAUAACUACGGUAGUUUGUAGUGGUUUGAAGUAUGGAACUUUGUAUCCUUUUACAAACUAUCUUUAAAGUGACAUGCAGCUGCAAUGAAUUAAAAAGAAAUAAUGAAAAAACAGCUGAGUAAAUGUCUCUCGUUCAGGUAUCAAACGCGUCAUAGUCUUUGAACAAGUGUUAUCAUAUGACUUGCUCCGUUGGCGGGCAAGAUAAAUCGCCGGAUCCGACGCUGGGAUUGGCUAUCCUAGCGGGCAAAAUGGCGCUAUCUUGCCCGUUCGGGAUUACCCGCUCUGUCCCGCAAAAAAAUAAAGAACAGUGUUCUUUUCCAUAUAAUAAAUCCUUUAU